AACUCUUACAAAGGUGGGGUAUGUUGAGGUAAUGUGAUACGGGCGUCUUAAGGAACGUGGAAAAGAUUCUCCAUGUUUGUGCAGAACUCGGAGAAUCUCUACAGGUAGCCCGAGGAGGCAGGAAGAAGCGAAGAAGAACGUCUCUGGGAAGGUGUCUCGAUAUUCCUGAUAUUCCUGUCACCGUUUCAGACAAGGUGCCCCCCGCAGCGCACUUCCUCUGACCAAAUUUGGCAAGUGCCGGGGACAACACGCGUGAAAGAGAGAAAGAAGUCGCUGAAAAAUAGAGGAUCAAUCUUUCAGCAAACAAACGUGUUCCCGUGUCGGAACUUGGCGAGACAAAACCGCCUACAUCACUGUUUUCUAGCACCGAAAAGACGCACUGAUAAAGCUCGCAUCUUUGCGGAUUGAAUGAUCUGCGUUUAACAGGUAGCGAAUGAGCAUGUCGACGCUGUUGGAGAUAAAGAGCAGCGUGCUGAGGCAGGUGCAGAGCCGGCAGUCACUCCGCGGGAGAAGAGAGACUCCAGCUGCCACCACAUCCUCCAGCACAGACGCACACAGCGCUGCCAGCGCCUCCCAUGGGGCUGCUGAAGGAGACGGUGAGUUUUUCGAACGAAUGAAAAGCAUUCUUCAAAAGCAGGAAAACAUGCAGCGGUCCUCCCACACUGAGCAGGGCCUCGUCGAAAGUGGGGCUCCCCCUCCCCCAGAGACCACAGGCCAGACCAGUGUCACAGAGAGGCCAGCGCUGACCAGGAGAGAGCUGGACCUUCUCUACGAAGAGGUGGUCUACACUGUGGUGAACCGGGUGGGCGUGCCUACCCCUGACUAUGUUAACAACGAGGGAGAGCUCUUCGCUUACCUACAGAAGGUGUUCGACAUUGGCUCAGAGGAGCAUGACAUCAUUCUCCAGAGGGUCAGAGAAUCCAAGCGAGCCAGUUACGCACUGAAAGUUUCUGUGAUGAAAGGCAAAAAUCUUCUGGCUAAAGAUGCCAAUGGCUACAGCGAUCCUUACUGCAUGCUUGGGAUCCUCCUGGGUCAGAGUCCCAAGGAGCCAGAAGAGAAGAAAGAGAGGAAGUUCAGCUUUCGCAAGAAGAAGGACAAGAUUGAGAAACGCUCCAGCGUCAGGGAGGUCCUCCCUGCCAAGUACAUCCAGGUCACAGAGGUCAAACCGCAAACUCUCAACCCUGUGUGGAAUGAGCAUUUCGUUUUUGAGAUUGAUGACAUCUACAGUGACCUGCUCCAUCUGGACAUAUGGGAUCAUGAUGAUGAUGUCUCAGUGGCAGAAGCCUGCAAAAAGCUCAAUGAAGUCAGUGGUUUUAAAGGCAUGGGCAGGUAUUUCAAGCAGAUUGCCAAAUCUGUGAGGACCAAUGGCACAGCAGGGUCUGUAGAGGAAAAUGUGGAUGACUUCCUUGGCUGCCUGAAUAUUCCCAUCGGUGAGAUCCCUGUGGAUGGUUUGGACAAGUGGUUCAAGCUAGAGCCCCGAUCCAGCACGUCCAAGGUGCAGGGGGAGUGUCACCUGGUCCUCAAGCUGGUCACCACACAGAGGGACACGGUCUUGAGUAAGAAAGACUCGUAUGCAAAAGUUCAUGAGAAGCUCCUCCGUCAGAUCCUGGAGUAUGAACACGCUCAGGUGAAGACAGAAUCCUACAACUGGAAUGGGAAGCUGAGUCAGCCAGCCUGGACUGUGGUAUCCCAUCAUGCCGUGCAGACUGACUUGUCACCACUGCAGAGGGCCAUAAUAUGGUGGCAGUGCUACAGCAAACAUCACCAGGCCCACACCAUGGACUACUCCUUCCUGCUGGAGCUCCUGAGGCAGGUCGAGGAGGCCUGGGAUGCUGCUUCUCUGCAGACGGAGCUGGAGCAGAGCCUGGCAGACAGUUUCAGCCUCUUCACAGAGUACUGCCUCUCGCUGCUGAAGAACCUGCGGCAAGUGUUUCCCACCUCCAUCCCCACUGCCAUCACGCGCUGUGAGUUUUUGCUCAGGUGUCUGGGACAGAUUCAUAGCAUGGAGGCUUUCAAGAAAAUGUGUCCAUUCCAUAAUGAACUCUAUGUGGAAAUCGCUACCGUCAUAAAGAAGAGCACAUUGGAAUGGUACGAGGGGAUCAUUUCCACAAUCAAACCAGAGGAGGGUACACUUGAAGAGCAGUUGAGACGCCUGGUGUUGGUGGUGGAUGCAGUCACCAGCGACGUGCAGAAGAGCCAGAACGUCUACAACAAGCUCUUCAGCAGUGCUGUGAAGGUGGAUUUCUUCAGUAUCUCCUAUCGACAGCUGGAAAAACUGGUUGCUGACGAUGUGAGCACUGCUAUGGAGAAGGUGUGUGGUACUCUAGAGCAGGAGGGCACCAGACUGACCCAGCCCAUGGGCGAGACGCUGUUUGAGCUGUACAUCUCCCUGAAGAUCCUCAAACAGUACUGCGAGUUCCUCCCCCUCAAGGACACCAAAGCUCUGGCUCUGUCUGGAUUUCACGAAUGGUUUAAGACGUCCAUUCACAAAUGGCUGCAGAUAGUCCAUGAGAAGUCAUGUGAUAGAAUCCGCAAAGCAGUGGAGGUGGACCAGCUGGUUCCUGUUCAUACGUUAUCGAAGCACAGCACUUCUGCAGUGGACGUCACUUCCUGUUUCAAUCAAGUGAGGGAAUUCUGGGUACAGCUGGCCUGGCCGGACUCGGCAGGAGCCUUUAUUUUCGUCACCCGAUUGACAGACGAUGUUUGCAGUGCCGCGAUCUGCUAUUCAGAUCUGAUCAAGCGCAAAAUCGAGAGGAGCCAGAUGCUCCAGGACAACAAGAACUUAACGAACCAGCUCUGUAUUGCGCUGAACAACAUUGAGCACGUGCGCAAGUUCUUAAGCAACCUACCCAAGGACCUGGACUGGAAGUCCCUAGAGGUGGCCAUGGAGGAGUCGUGUGGGGCGGAGGGCAAGGAGCAGGUGCAGAAAGCCCUGAACGCUCAGCUUUUCAACAUCGACAUUGACCUGCAGCGCGAAGCCAAGCGCAUGAUCGCACUCCUCACAGACAAGAUGGUUUUAGAUAUGAAGAAAUACAUCCAGCACAUCAGUCUAUCCCCGGACUCUAUCCACAAUGAUGAUGCUGUGUCCCCUCUGAUGAAAUACCUGGAUGACACUUUGGUUAUCUUGAGCGAGUCCUUAGUGAAAGAAAACCUGUCCAGGGUGCUGCAGGGCCUGUGGCAGCUGCUGCUCAGGCUGAUCUUCGACACAGUGGCUGAAAACCGAGGCGUGUCUGUGGAGUUCUACGGGAGGUUCCACUACACGGUCGAGGUUCUGGUUGAGUUUUUCCAUGCUGAGGGUGAGGGCUUGGCACUGGACAAUCUCAGGAAUGAGCAAUACAAAGCCCUGGAGGAGGAACUCAGACUGAACAAGUGUUCAUCCAGCGAGCUGAUUGAACAGUACUUCUUGGAGAAAAUUGCACAUCAGAGAAUGCUAAAGCACAGUAAAUUUGGCCGGAUCAGUGUUAAGUGCUACUACGAGGCCUCUGAACAGAGGCUGACAGUUGAAAUCCUGCAUGCUGCAGACCUAAUUGCCUUGGAUGCCAAUGGUCUAAGCGACCCAUUUGUCAUCGUGGAACUGUGUCCCCAUCAUUUGUUCCCCACAACAAAAAGUCAACGGACUCAAGUCAAAGCAAAGACCCUUCACCCUGUCUUUGAUGAGCUGUUCCACUUUCAUGUUGCUCCAGAGCAGUACAAGAAGAGGUGUGCCUGCGUUACCUUCACCGUCAUGGACCACGACUGGCUGUCCACCAAUGACUUUGCUGGGGAAGCCAUUGCUCCCCUCAGUGACUUCUGUGGACCAGACAAAUCAGGAGGAGGCAAGAACAUACCACCCCUGAUUCUUCAGCUGGCUCGGCCCAAACCCAGUGAUAAACCAAUCCUGAAGAUGCUGGAGGCUCGAACAGGGGACAGAGAAGCCCAGGAGUUUGUAAAAAAGCUAAAAGAGAUUGAAAAGUCUAUGGCUGAAGAAGAGUAACUAUUUUCAGAAAUAAGUUUAAACCAUUAAAAGGUAACACUUUAUAAUAACUAAGCCUCACUGGAAAGUCAAUCAGACAUUUAUAUUUCCUCUGAGCUCAAAGGUGUUCUGGUGCCAAAUAUGAGGUUAUCAGAUGACAAUUUCUAGUAUCCUCCAGUUUAUGUUAAAAAGCCUCAUUAUAAAGUGUAACCUAUUACAAUUCUCCUGGUUGUUUUUUUCUGUUUUCCAUGUUAUUUGGAAAAAGUACUUUGGUGUUUUAAAGUUAUUGAUAAAUGCAGCAAUGAACAUUUUAGUCUUCAACAGACUUUUCAGUGUCACACAGCUGGUUUUCCUUGCAGUCUAAUCAGAACUUCAUCUGCUAAUUCCAAGCAACGAAUCGUGCUCUUGCGUGUUUUGACAUUCUUGUAAUGACCAGGGAAGCAGGAGAGAAGAGACGAGACAAUGUUGGAGAACAGCCUGCUGAGAAGAAGUGUUUUAUGUAAUAUAAAAGAUAAGGCUGUAAAUAGCUGUCAUUUAAAACAUAUUUGUACCCUGUAAAAGCAAUUUGCUUCAAAGGUUGGUUUUCUUGUGUGCUAAUGUAAUGCAGUUUCUAUUUUAAUGCUGUCUUUACAGACUCUACCUGACUGUGAUGGUCCUUUUAAGAUAAAUCUGUAUUAGUUUGAUGUAAAUGUGGCACACAGAGAUACUAAAUAUUUGUCCUUGUAAGGUACUGACCGUAUGUUUUUGUAACUGUUGCACUCAAAAGCAUAAUUUAUUUAAAAUGGCCUUUUGCGUGUCCUUGA